GGGAGAGCAAGAGACUUCCUAUCUCACGUGAUUUUGUGUUUACGGAAAGAAAGAUUUGACUUUUUGAUCUCGUUAGCGAUUUAAAACUUUUCAAGAAUCUAAAAAUGAGGGCAAAGUGUUUAUUACUUCCCGUUAAUUAGCUCCACCGUGGUGUGGCCGAAGAGCUCGUCGUUUGUCGUCAUGUCCAGCAGUUACUCGAUCGUGGUGCAGGGCGAGGCGUCCGAAACGGACUCUGACGAUGAAGUCUAUAUCACUUCGCUUUCUACUCAGCAAACUGUCACAACAGGCGGAACUAAGGUUCCGGGGGAGGCCUCAGAAACUGACAGCGAGGAGGACCCAGAGCAGACAGGCAGAGCCUCAGCUGGGAGUCAGGACAGCCACAUCCUCAGAAGAGACCUGCCUCCUCUCAUUGUGGUCAGAGACCACCCUGAUGUCCAGUCUAUAGUGGAAGACAGACCAAGCCCUUCACACAGGCCACAUGUUUCUGUGUUUCCAGGUGAAACUCUUCUACAGCAGAAGCUGCAGGAGGCAAACAGCCGGCUGUUUACUGACGUGGGACAAAUGGUAAAGCAGGUUUACGGCAGCGCUAGCAAGGAGGUGCACAGUGUAACAUCUCAGCUGAAUGCAUCCCAGAGCGCCAUCAUCAACGCGUCCCACAGCAUCCGAUUAAUCCUGGAUGACCUCAAGGCCGUGUCGGAGAAGCUUGACAUCAUCACCAGCUGCCAAAUACUGCCGGACAUAAACAUGGGAGAGGCCAGUCGUGUGACGGCUCCUGUACUUUAAAACAGUUUUAUGAUCUGAAGUUUUACUGUCAGCAUGGGUAUACUUCCAUCAAACAUUAAAUGACACUCAGCGAGGCUAACGUUGAGAGUUAGCUUUGCUUAUGAAACUACAUUUAACAUUUACUUCUGAUGUAUUUAUUUUUCAACUGCGCGUCCUGCUGGAGGUUUACAGUAUCUUUUUUUUAUUUUUUUUUUAGAAAGAAAUUA